AAGGGGAGGAGGAUUCUUAACGAGAGUGGAAGGGACCAAUUGCUUCAUUCGCGUUAAUACGAGUUCUUUAUAAAACGUCAUAGAGGAAACGUAUCUCGCUUGAUAACCUACCGGUCAGUGGUCAGUCGCUGGCUGUUAUUCAAAGUAGUUUCACGUGAGGAUUUUUAAACAAGUUGAUAGUAUUAGUUAAUAAAAGAUUUACUCGAAUGGUUCGAAAAGAGGAAAGUUUCAUUCGAUCUGAAUCCACGAUGCCGAGUAAUGUAGAACAUAAUAGGACAUCACAUACAUUAGUUUUCUACAUCAACGGGAAAGAGGUAAUAGAUGACAAAGUUGAUCCAGAAUGGACUUUAUUAUGGUAUCUGAGAAACAAACUGCAUUUAACUGGUACGAAACUGGGUUGCGCAGAAGGUGGUUGCGGAGCCUGCACCAUAAUGAUAUCAAAAUUAGAUCGUACAUCAGGAAUCAUUACACACCUAGCCGUGAAUGCGUGUUUAACACCAAUCUGUGCUGUACACGGAUUAGCAGUGACCACGGUUGAAGGAAUCGGUAGCGUUAAAACAAAGCUUCACCCGGUACAAGAACGUAUAGCAAAAGCACAUGGGUCACAAUGCGGUUUUUGCACACCUGGAAUCGUCAUGUCCAUGUAUGCGUUACUACGAAAUACACCAAAACCCACUAUGAAUGAUCUUGAAAUUGCAUUUCAAGGAAACUUGUGUAGAUGUACUGGGUAUCGUCCUAUCAUAGAAGCAUAUAAGACUUUUACAGAGGAAUGGGAAAAAAUGCAAUUAAUGUCAAAACAUAAAGAGAAAUCUCUAUCGAACGGAGAAUGUCCAAUGGGAGAUAAAUGUUGUAAAAGAAUACCUAUAUCAGAAACCACGGAAGUUUUUGAUUCAAAUGAAUUCUCUCCAUACGACCCCUCUCAAGAAAUUAUAUUUCCACCCAAAUUACAGAUUUCCCCCUAUUUGGAUAAAGAAUACUUGAUAAUCAAAGGGAAGAACGUUACUUGGCAUAGACCAACAAUGCUUUCUGAAUUACUUCAUCUAAAAAAUCAAUAUCCAAAUGCAAAAAUUGUUGUAGGAAAUACUGAAAUAGGUGUUGAAGUGAAAUUUAAACAUUUAUCUUACCCAGUUCUCAUACAGCCGACUUUAGUCAAAGAAAUGCGAACUAUUACGGAAUAUUCAGAAGUAAUGAAUAUAGGUGCUAGCGUUACGCUAAUUGAAUUGGAAAACUGCUUAAAAAAUCAAAUUGAUAGGAAACCAGAAUAUAGAACGAGAAUUUUUAGCGAAAUUGUUAGUAUGCUCCAUUGGUUUGCCGGCAAACAAGUUAGAAACGUUGCUGCUGUUGGAGGGAAUAUAAUGACAGGAAGUCCUAUAUCAGAUCUUAAUCCAAUUUUUAUGGCAGCUGGAAUAAAAUUGAAUGUUUCUAGUUUGAAAAAUGGAAGUAGACUUAUUCCAAUGGAUUACAAUUUCUUUAAAGGCUAUAGACAGAAUAUUGUUUUGCCAGAAGAAGUUUUAAUUUCGAUUCAAAUACCUUUUACUGAGAAGAAUCAAUAUUUUAUUGCUUAUAAACAAGCAAGAAGACGGGACGAUGAUAUUGCUAUUGUUAAUAUGGCAUUAAAUGUGUUUUUUGAACCUGAAACCAAUAUUGUUCAGAAAGUAUAUUUGGCUUUUGGUGGAAUGGCUCCGAUAACCGUUUUAACUAAAACAACUUGUGAAAUUAUGGUUGGAAGAAAAUGGGAUAAGAAUCUCUUAGAAGCUGUUUAUAACUCGCUAAUAGAGGAGUUCCCUCUUCCUGACAAUGUUCCAGGAGGGAUGGUUAAAUAUCGCAAAUCCUUAUGUUUGAGUCUAUUCUUUAAAGGAUUUUUACACAUAGCGAAAAAGUUAGAGGUACUAUCAGAUCAAGUUUUACCUAAAGAAUUUGAAAGUGCAAUUGAUGGAUUCCAUAGUAAAGAACCAAAUAGUUCGCAAUAUUAUCAAGUGGUUCCAAAAGACCAAGAAUCGAAUGAUCUUGUUGGAAGACCUAUUGUCCAUGCCAGUGCACUGAAACAAGCGACAGGAGAAGCUGUUUAUUGUGAUGAUAUACCAAAGUUUUCUAACGAACUUUAUUUAGCCUUAGUUUUAUCUACCAAAGCCCAUGCAAGAAUCUUGAAAAUUGAUGCAACCGAAGCAUUAUCAAUAGAAGGUGUAGAAGCUUUUUAUAGUGCUAAAGAUAUACCUGAGAAACAACGAUGGCACGGUCCUAUAUUUCACGAUGAGGAAGUUUUUGUAUCGGAAAUGGUAACUAGCCAUGGGCAAAUUAUUGGAGCAAUAGUAGCUGUUGAUCAGUAUACUGCACAGAAGGCAGCUAAAAUGGUUAAAAUUGAAUACGAGGAUUUAGAACCAGUGAUUAUUUCUAUAGAGGAUGCCAUCACCCACUCUUCAUUCUUCAACGAAACUCCAAAACGUCUAAAGAAUGGAGACGCGGAGAAAGCUUUCUUUGAAUCUCCGCACAUUCUUGAAGGAGAAAUUCGAAUGGGAGGACAGGAGCACUUUUAUCUUGAAACACAUACAAGUUUAGCAAUUCCAAGGGAAGAAGAUGAAUUAGAAAUAUUCUGCUCCACCCAGCAUCCUACAGAAAUUCAGAAACACGUUGCGCAUAUUUUAAAUAUUCAUGCUAAUAAAAUUGUAGUAAGAGUAAAGAGAAUAGGUGGUGGUUUUGGCGGAAAAGAAUCUCGAAGUGCAACACUUACUUUACCGGUUGCAUUUGCUGCACACAGAUCAAAAAGGCCGGUACGUUGCAUGUUAGAUAGAGACGAGGAUAUGAUGUUAACUGGAACGAGACAUCCAUUUUUGUUCAAGUACAAAGUUGGAUUUGAUGAUACUGGCGCAAUCAAAGUGAUGCAGCUUUACAUUUAUAAUAACGCUGGUUGUUCUUUUGAUCUCUCUACUGCGAUUAUGGAACGUGCGAUGUUUCAUUGUGAAAAUUCCUACAAAAUUCCAGUAAUAGAUAUCUAUGGUUUUAUAUGUAAAACAAAUUUACCUUCAAACACAGCAUUCCGUGGUUUCGGUGGUCCACAAGGAAUGUUUGUAGCAGAGACCGUUGUACGACAUAUCGCGGAAUAUUUAAAAAUUGACUCUGUCAAGGUUUCGAAAUUAAAUUUGUACAAAGAAGGAGAUAUAACUCAUUAUAAUCAAAAACUUAUUAAUUGUACAUUAAAACGUUGUUGGGAAGAAUGCGUUUUAUCGUCUAAUUACAAUGAACGACUUGCUCAGGUACAAAAAUAUAACAGAGAAAAUAGAUACAAGAAAAGGGGAUUGGCAAUAGUUCCAACAAAAUUUGGUAUCUCCUUCACUGUACUCUUUUUGAAUCAAGCAGGUGCGCUUGUACAUGUUUAUACAGAUGGUUCUGUAUUAAUUACUCAUGGUGGUGUCGAAAUGGGACAAGGUUUACAUACAAAGAUGAUACAAGUAGCAAGCAGAUCAUUAAAAAUAAAACCAGAUAAGAUACACAUCAUAGAAACUGCUACUGAUAAAAUACCAAACACAUCUGCGACAGCAGCUAGUGCAAGUUCAGAUCUGAAUGGUAUGGCUGUUAUGAAUGCUUGUGAAAAAAUUAUGAAACGACUAAAGCCGGUAAUAAAUAAAAAGCAUGGAACCUGGGAAGAAUGGGUGGCUGCAGCUUAUAUCGAAAGAAUUAGUCUUUCUGCUACUGGUUUCUACAAAACUCCUGAUAUAGGAUACUCAUUUGAAACUAAUUCUGGAAAUCCGUUUAAUUAUUUUACGUAUGGCGUUGCAUGUUCAGAAGUAGAAAUAGACUGUCUGACUGGUGAUCAUCAAGUACUGCGAACAGAUAUUGUAAUGGAUUUAGGUCAGAGUCUUAAUCCUGCAAUUGAUAUAGGGCAAAUUGAAGGAGGUUUUGUACAAGGAUAUGGUUUAUUUACACUUGAAGAAAUGGUUUACCUGAGAAAUGGAGCUGUUUGUAGUAGAGGACCAGGUGCAUAUAAGUUACCUGGUUUCACAGACAUUCCUCAAGUAUUUAAUGUAUCUCUAUUAGAAGGUGCUUCGAAUCCUAGAGCUGUUUAUUCUUCGAAAGCCGUUGGAGAACCACCGCUGUUUCUCGCAUCUUCAGUGUUCUUUGCAAUAAGAGAAGCCAUUAAAUCUACUCGAGAAGUUGGUCUCUGUGACUAUUUUCGAUUUGAUGCACCUGCAACUGCAGCUCGUAUUCGAUUGGCAUGUGUUGAUGACCUUACAUUGAAGAUUAAGGAACCAAAUUUAGAUUGUCAAUGGAAUAUUGUUCCAUAGAAACAUCCUGAUAAAUUAGAAUAUUUUGUUAAUGAAUUGUACAUAUAUUAGGAUAAUUGAAAAAUUUGUUAUGUAAAAAUGUACCGAUUUGAUAUGUUGUAAUAAAAUUUAAUAUUUUUUACAUAUAA